ACGUCACAAGGACCGGGUGAGAAAAGGGAGCUAGUGAAUGAGCGCGUUCCUCUGGUCCAGAUCGUUUCUCUGUUCUGCUUCCGGGGUCAGAGGUCGGCCGCGGAGGGAAGAAGCUGGUCACGAUGCUGAUCAAAGUGAAGACACUAACUGGGAAAGAAAUUGAGAUCGACAUAGAACCCACAGACAAGGUGGAAAGAAUAAAGGAGCGCGUGGAGGAGAAGGAAGGCAUCCCGCCUCAGCAGCAGCGGCUCAUCUACAGCGGAAAGCAGAUGAACGAUGAGAAAACCGCCGCGGACUACAAGAUACAGGGCGGCUCCGUGCUUCACCUGGUUCUGGCGCUACGCGGUGGAGGCCUGCGAUGAUGGAGCGUCUGCCCCCAGCGUGCCCCUCAUCCCUCGCCCUCCCCCACGCCCCACAGAGGACAGACCGAACCUCUGAUGUGCGAGAAGCAAUUGGCUGUACGUUGCGGCGCUGCCACCGGCUUCCCCGUGCCUCGUUCCGGGAAGCACGGCUGCUGCCUUCCAGCAGCUUCCGAGAGCACAUUCUCAUUUAAGAGAGACGCAGCUUAGGAGCAGGCAUCUUCAGUUAACUUCAUGGGGUGGUGCAGUGCCCCGUUCUCCCCAGUUUUCCCGCAUUUCCUGCCGGCUUCUAAAAGCUCUCUGCUCUUUGGCUGUGUUGUCCCUUCGUCUCCCCCUGUUGGUGUGUCCCUUCCCCUCCUUUGGAAUGGUGGAAUGUUGAAAUAAACGUGUUUAAGGACCUUCAUGGUUUCUCGUGA